ACUCGCGACUCUGACCCUACGGCUGGAUCAUCCGCCACACGAGCUUCCUCCAACCCUCACACCAACCACGGCGCUGCCAUCAUCUUGCGCUCCUCACAAGACGGCGGGCUACAGCAAGACAUCGGUGAUCGCCGCAUCUCUCUCUCUCACUUCCAUCCAUCCAUGCGCAUGAACAUCUGCGCAUUCCCAUCCGCUCGAUCCACAUCGCGUACACUGCAGCUGCUACGAUCUGCGCACUCUACACGCCGCCGCUCGCCCACCGUCGCUCCCUUGUCGCAGAUCACUUGCUCUUCCAUCUUGUACGCCGCCGCCGCCGCCGCCGCCGCAAUGUCGACCAGCAAGCGCAACAUUGACGCUACCUUGACGAGUGCAGGUGCAGGCGAAGCUUCCAGCUCAGAGGCCCAGCAAGUACGAGCGAGCAAGCGACAAGCCGUGUCGCCCAUUCGCGGCGCCGAGGAGAAUGGUGCAGCGAAAGGGACUGCGCUGGCUGAAGCGGAGGAUGCGGCAGAAUUGGACGAAGAGGCGAUGAUAGCAGCUGCGAUGGAGGCGGAGCACCAAGAUGCAAAGGAUCGUAGCGAUCUCACACCUGCUAAAACGGAACCAUCAUCCUCCUCCUCCUCAUCAUCAUCAGCAGCAAAGGCUUCCACCGCGGCGCCCCUAUCAUCAGAUUUGACUUUGGCCAUCGGGAAUGAUGCGUUGGAAGUGGAACGGAGGACGAUGCACGCAGAGUGGUUCAGGCGAUUAGAAAAGGAUAUGAGAGCGCCGAGUUUCGAAAAGCUAAAAGCCUUUCUGGCUUCGGAAGCCAAGAGCGGCAAGGUCAUCUACCCUCCACCCGACCUCAUUCACAGCUGGUCGCGAUUGACACCUCCUAGCAAAGUCAAGGUGGUGAUUAUCGGACAAGAUCCCUACCACGGUCCCGGACAAGCGUGCGGAAUGUCCUUCUCCGUACCAAAGGGCGUGCCUGUCCCGCCCAGCCUCAAGAACAUCUACAAGGAGCUACGCGCUCAGUACGGCGCGGGAUUCGCAGUUCCUACACACGGAUGCCUGGAUGGUUGGGCAAAGCAGGGAGUAUUGCUGCUCAAUGCGUGCCUCACAGUCCGAGCGCACGCAGCAGCUUCGCACCACGGGCAAGGCUGGGAACCUUUUACACGGCAGGUGAUCAAGAGCAUCGCGGCGGAUGCCGCUCGAUCCAUCGGCAAAUCGCCAGAUGCAAAAGUCACCCCUUCCUCUUCUGCAGGAUCAGGCUCGAGCUCGUCUGCACCUUCAAAAGGUAACAGCACCAUCACUAGCUUUUUUGGCAAGCCAAAGAAUGCAAAAGCUCCUUCGUCGUCUCCUGGAAGCAAGAGCGAGGAAAAGACUUCGAGUUCGGCGCAGGGCGGGGGGACGGGCAGUGGUGUAGUCUUUCUGGCUUGGGGAGCUCCCGCAGCCAAGACGCUCGCAGAAGCCGGCGUGACCAGCAGCUCUCCAAACGUCUUGGUGCUAAAGUCUGCUCACCCUUCACCUCUAUCGGCGCACAAGGGCUUCUUUAGAGCGGCCGCUGCUCCCAGAGUGGGGGAUAGUCUGUUCGAAGAAGCGAAUCGCUGGCUCACAGUUCCGGCAAGGAGGGGUCCCAAUGGAGGAAUUCGAUGGGCAGACUUGUAGUCGCGAACGCAUCACCUUUCGCUGGCGUGGCUGUGCUCAAACGAUCGGCUGCUGCGCUCACCAGAUCGCGCGCUCACCAGAUCUUGCUUCGGUGGUCAUGUUGCACCACCUCUGCCCACGCUGUCGCAAGAAAUUCCUAACAACCACUAAUGACACUACUUCUUGCAAGCACUGUCCUUGCCGCUCCGCUGCAGAUCCCCAAUGCUUCCACACUCGUGGUGCCCUGGCUCCAAAGCUCCUUCUACAGGCUCACGACUUCUAUUGUGCGCGCGCGUGCGAGAGACACAGAAUCGAGGUGGCACCUAGACACGUCCAUUAGAAUUCGAAAGCGCGAUCCAUAUCGCUGCGGAUGAGCUCCCUCAUUCCUGGAGGCAUGAGUGGUCGAGGGUUUCCAGAAGG